AUGUCGUUUACAGAGGUGCCACUUUCGCAAUUGACAAACCAGUGGCUGGAAUGGGACCAGGAUGAUAAGACAUUGAACGAAAUCAGAAACUUCAAGGAAACCAACAAUGAAGCUGAGUUGGAAAAGUGUCUCAGGAACCGAAUCCAAUUCGGCACCGCCGGUCUCCGCGGCGAAAUGCGAGCUGGAUUUGCAUUCAUGAACUGUCUCACUGUCAUCCAGGCUUCGCAGGGAUUAGCAAAAUUCCUCAAAGCGCGUGACGAAAAGCGUGCCAUUGAAAAUGGUAUCGUAAUUGGCGCUGAUGCGCGACACAAUUCGGCCAGAUUUGCAGUCCUCGUUGCCAAUGCCAUGCUUGCCAUGGGGUUUAAAGUUCAAUGGCUUGGACCCAUCGUUCCUACUCCGUUAGUAGCAUGGGCUACUGGCCAUACGGGGGCUGCUGCUGGCGUUAUGAUUACUGCUAGUCAUAAUCCUGCCAAGGAUAAUGGAUAUAAAGUCUACCUCCAAGGGGGCGUCCAAGUGAAUACACCCUGGGACGCCGAGAUAUCGCAACACAUCCAGGAAAAUCUAGUACCAUGGGAAUGUGCCUGGAGGACAGGGACUGAAAAUGAAUUCGGCAGAUCUACCUAUAUGGACCUCACCCCUAAAUGGGUUACUGCUGUUGCCAAUUACGCUAGAUCCACCGUGCCGCAAGUCCUUCUCCCAACACAAUUCUGUUAUACACCUCUACACGGCACGGGAGGCAAUUUUCUACCGCACCUCUUACAUCAAAUCGGUAUUGGGACCCAAAUGAUUUGUGUCGACAAACAGUUAGAGCCCGAUCCAAACUUUCCCACUGUCCCCUUUCCCAAUCCUGAAGAAAAUCAUGCUCUCGAUCUUGCUAUGAUGACUGCCGAGGCAAAUAGCCGAGAUUUACUGAUUGCCAAUGAUCCUGACGCUGAUCGGUUUGCGGCAGCUCAGAUUAUCCCUGAACGCAGAUCCUGGUACACCUUCACAGGCAACCAAAUGGGCGUCCUCCUCGCCGCCCACAUAAUCGAAAAUAUCAAACCCUGCCCCAAAAAGGGAUACUACAUGCUCAACACCACCGUCUCCACAACAAUGCUCUCCAAAAUGUGUGCCGCGCACGGCAUCAACUACCGCGAAACUUUGACGGGGUUCAAAUGGAUGGGCCGUAUCGCGCGCGACCUCGAAGAGAAAGAAGGCUACAUUGUCCCCUUCGCCUUCGAGGAGGCAAUCGGAUACAUGUUCUCCGGCACAAAAUGCUAUGACAAAGACGGAUUAACGGCCGCAGCAAUCUUCCUCCUCGCCGAAGCCCACUGGCGGAAACAAGGUCUAACACCGUUCGAUAAAUUAAAUGAGCUAUUCAAAAAGUACGGCCACCACGAAACAUUCAACAAUUACUUCCGCUCCCCGAGUCCACAAACAACAGCCGAUCUAUUCGCCAAAAUCCGCGCUGGCAACGACAAAUGGAAAAAGGGCGCAAAAUUCGGCCACAAGACGAAAUUCACAAUUACGCGCUGGCGUGAUAUGACAUUGGGAUAUGAUUCGGAUACACCCGACAAUGUACCCGAGUUACCGGUUGAUCAGGGCAGCCAUAUGUUGACGCUCUGGCUGGAUGAGGAUAUUAAAUUUACGUUGAGGGGGUCAGGGACUGAGCCUAAGGUUAAAUUUUACAUCGAGUCCUGGAGCGACGACCAAGACAAAGCCAUUCGCAGGGUCUGCGAUGUCUUCGACGCUAUUUUGUCGGAAUGGAUUAAGCCUCUGGCGCCGACGAUGACUUAUGCUGAAGAACUGUUUACGUCUUCUUCGCAUCUGUACAAGAGUUUGACUGAUUAA